AUGACGUUUGGGCGUCCAUGUUCAAUUCCAGAAGAAUACAUUCGGCUCGACCUUCCCAAGCCAUUACCACCAUACGCCUCAGCUUCUGACGAGACGCAGCAGCUGAGCACCGCAUUUUACAAUGCAUCAAUACAAUUGUACAGAAUUAUGGGCAAGAUAAUCGUAUCUCUCUACGGCAGCAACCUCGGAUGUGAAGAUAAAUCGUCAGAUACUUCAACCAUGACAUCCAUCAUUCAGUUUGGACAAGAACUCACAGACUGGCAGAACAGCUUGCCCCAUCACCUGAGCCUACAUAGCGCGGAUGAACUUCCACAAUUCUCAGAAGCAGAUAUGCAAAAUUCGACAAUUGAACGCUUUCGAAUCAUCUUAACACUUAGACAUCUCAACGUUCAGCUUCUCCUUCACCGUCCAAUGUUUAUCAGAUCGCUGGGUGCCUUACUUAAAGAUCCUAAGAUGCCACACAGAAAUGCUGGGUCAGUCAAUAGCAUGCAGGCCAGUUUCGACAGGGUAUUUGUCCAAGUGGCAGAGAGUACGAUAGAUAUCAUAUACUCGGUACUUACAAGACCUGAUCAUGGUCGCCAUUUGAUUGGCGCCUGGUGGUUCACACUUUAUUAUGCCUUUAGUGCAGCACUGGCUGUUUUUGGAGGCCUAUUGAUCUCACUUGACUUGGAAGACGAAUUCAAUAGGGCCAAUCGCCUUGACAAGGUAAAGAAGUAUCUGAACAAAGUUUCCGAGACUCUUUUGAGACUCAGUAGCCAAAACGUUAUUGUGUUACGCUGCUUCAACUUCUUACAACAGCUCACCAGGAUAGUCAAUGCCUGGGAUUCAAACCCUCGUUCCUUUGACCUUGAGGCAGAUUUGCUCUCCACUAUGCCCACAUGGGAAGGCGCUGCACUCGGUCUUGGUGAUGAGCUUGAGCUGGGACAUUUCUUUGCCAGCGAUUCACAGAGGUGGUUCGAGCGAGCUCAGUGGUAA